AUGGUAAAAAUGCAUUCCACUGGACAAGGUCGCUCAGGAAGCGUUAAGCCAUAUGCAACUAGGUUCCCGUCAUACAUUUCGGCAUCUGUUGAGCAAGUCAAGGCGGAUGUGAUCCAGAUGGGGAACAAGGGAGUCCCGGCACCAGUAAUAGGAUGCAGGCUCAGAGACAUGUAUGGAAUUGGGAAGGCAAGAGAUGUGCUUGGAGAGGACAUCUGCAAGUUUCUGCAGAACAAUGGAACAAUCUCAAAGAUUCCAUUUGACCUUGAGUCGCUGGUAAAGCGGGUGAAUGAGCUGAAGACGCAUCUGAACAUGUUCAAGAAGGACAAUUGUGCAAAGCACCAUCUUAUUCUUGUGUCUUCAAGGAUGUACCGACUUGCAAGGUACUACAAGCGCACGAUGAAGAUACCUGGAAAUUGGAAGCCGAAGCUUGUUGAGCAUCAUAAUAAAUGA